AUGGAGGCCCAGCGGGAAGAGUUCAAGGAACUUUGGAAGCUCAAGGUUCCAUCUAAAGCGGUUGUGUUUGCUUGGAGACUACUCAAGGACAGGCUACCAACUAGAGACAACCUGAGGAAGAAGCAAAUAGACCUGCAGGAUUACACUUGUCCCUUUUGUAGAGGAGUGGAAGAGAGCGCAGCACAUCUAUUUUUUCAUUGCAGGAAAAUAAUUCCAGUUUGGUGGGAAUCAUUGUCUUGGAACUUGUCCAAGUUUAAUGAGGCCUUGCUUGGUAAAUGGGGUUGGGACUUCGCAAAUAACCAGCAUCAGCUUUGGGCUAGAAUAUUAAUGUCCAAAUAUGGAGGGUGGAAUGCAUUAUGUUAUGGCAGAAACAGAGCUGACUUCUCUCCUUGGUGGAAGGAUCUAAGAUAUGUUUUCCAGCAGCAUCAUAGAAACAACAUCUUCAAUAACUUGAGGUGGAAGGUGGGUGAUGGGGCCAGAAUCAAGUUCUAG